CCGUCUUUCACCGCAUCACUCGACUCCUUAUUUCAUCCUAAAUUCGCGGUUUGACUGGCAGUGUUUGAGCCGAAACCUCUCGCAUUUGACAGCACGGAGUGUCAGCAUGAAACACCAGCCGUCUUCUGUAUCCUAAACCGGGUGGUUGGGAGGGGAGAAGCGGAUCUUUUGACCCCAGCCUUCAUCACCGCCUGGAUAACGGGCACAGAGCCACCCGACAGCCUCAAUUGUUGUUUCCAUUUCGCCGACAUCUGCUGCGUGUUGCUCACAAUUACAUCCGAAGCAACAAGAGUUUGGUGUUAGGAUGUGAUGGACCACUUUCAGCACAGACCCUGAAGAAGAACAACCAGCUUUUUUUUCAAUUGGGAUCCGAAUAUUUCUUCUAGCCGAUUUUUGUUCAUUCAUUGAGAGCAGAACAACAAUCCGGGGCUCGGUGACAUGAUGGAGAGUGUGGAGAAGGAGUGCGGGGCUCUGGGUGGAUUGUUUCAGGCGAUCGUCAAUGAUAUGAAGUACUCCUAUCCAGUGUGGGAAGACUUCAUCACAAAGGCCACAAAACUGCACUCCCAGCUAAGAACCACAGUGUUGGCGACCGCAGCGUUUCUUGAUGCGUUUCAGAAGGUGGCAGACAUGGCAACCAAUACCAGAGGUGCCACCAGGGAUAUCGGCUCGGCUUUGACCCGGAUGUGCAUGCGACACCGCAGCAUCGAAGCCAAACUGCGCCACUUCACCAAUGCUCUAAUGGAAAAAAUGAUUGCCCCACUCCAAGACAAGAUCGAAGAGUGGAAGAAAACUGCAGCCCUGCUUGAUAAAGACCAUGCCAAAGAGUACAAGCGCUCCAGGCAGGAGAUCAAGAAGAAGUCUUCUGACACAAUAAAGCUUCAGAAGAAAGCCAGAAAAGGUCGUGGAGGUCUUCAGCCGCAGCUAAACAGUGCCAUGCAGGAUGUGAAUGACAUGUAUCUACUGAUGGAGGAGACGGAGAAGCAGGCAGUUCGUCGAGCUCUGCUGGAGGAGAGGGGAAGAUACUGCACCUUCAUCAGCUUCCUGCAGCCUGUGGUGGUGGGUGAAAUUGCCAUGCUGGGAGAAGCCACUCAUCUUCAGGCCAUCAUUGAAGACCUCACAGUGUUGACCACUGACCCCCAUAAACUACCAGAAGCUAGUGAACAGGUGAUUUUGGACCUUAAAGGGUCUGACUAUAAUUGGUCCUACCAGACACCUCCUUCCUCUCCCAGCAGCAUCGGAUCCAGAAAAAGCAGCCUUUGCAGUUUGGUUCAUCUUCCUCCGGGUGGCGCUCAUCGUCUGAGCAGCGUCUCCUCUCAUGAUUCUGGAUUCGUCUCUCAAGAUGCGAAUGUUCACUCCAAACCCCCCUCCCCGAUGCCAUCUGACAUCACCAGCCAGAAGUCGUCCAGUUCUGCGUCCUCAGAGGCUUCAGAAACCUGUCAGUCAGUCAGUGAGUGCGGCUCUCCCACAAUAUUGGGCUCAUCCUUUGCUACCUUUCGCCCGUCUCACUGUUUUAAUGAGUCCAUCAGGCCUCACUCUUACAUUCUUCCUGCGUCCCCUUCAUAUAAUCAAUCCCCAGGAUCAAACUCCCCUUCACCCACAGCAAAGAUUCCUUACUGGAAGCAGGACUGGUCAAAGGUCGGUCAGUAUGAGCAGUCAUCUGUCGGUCAGCAGCGCAGGACUGAAGCUGCAGAGCCCUCUAGUGGGGCAGGAGGACAUACACACACACACCCAGAGGACACUUACAGGCUCGCUAGGAUGAACUCUAAAGAUGCCAAUGCCAAGCAUGGUAAGCUGGUAUCGUCGGCCGCUAGUGAGCUGGCUAUGGUUCUGACUCGUGGCCUCAGUAUAGAGCAGGCGCAGAAGAGCAGCUGUGACUCUCUUCAGUACUCCAGUGGAUACAGCACACAAAACACCACACCGUCCUGCUCGGAGGACACCAUCCCCUCACAGGGAUCUGAAUAUGAUUGUUAUUCCAUGAACGGCGACGCUGAUAACGACACACAAACAGACUUUGACAAGUCCUCUACCGUCCCCCGCCACAGCAACCUGGCCCAAAACUACCGGCGAAUGAUCCAGACUAAGAGGCCGGCCAGCACUGCGGGGCUUCAUGGAGCACUGGCCGGCCCUACAACCAAUGGGAAAGGAAGUAACAUCAUCGCCUCAGGGACAGCCACCAUUCGUAGAACCCCUUCGUCCAAAACAAACGUGAGGCGCACCCCUUCCACUGUGGGUCCCAUUCCCAUCCGACCGCCAAUAGUCCCGGUAAAGACGCCAACUGUCCCAGACUCACCUGGAUUCCCCAGCCCUCCUCCAGAGCACAAUGGAAGUGAGGAAAGCCUGUAUAAUGACGACUCGAUGGAAAUACUAGAGUACAAAGCUUCUCCAAAGCGAAUGAGCCUGCCAACAUGGGGAUCUGGGGGCGGAAGCGUCUACUCCCAACCGCCUGGAGCUGCAGGCUUCAGUUCAGAAGAAGACCAGAUACUUGCUGCCAAUCGCCAUAGUCUGGUGGAAAAGAUUGGAGAGCUGGUGGCUAAUGCUCACGCUCUGGGCGAAGGCCAGUUCCCGUUCCCUGCAGAUCCACAGGCUGACCAGAGCCUCCAGCAGGAUGAAGGGCAUGAAAAGGGAGGAGAGGACAUGCUGAAGACCAUCCGCAGAGGAGUGCGUCUCAGGAAAGUGAGUUCCAAUGACAGAUCUGCACCAAGGAUCAUGCGAUAGUCCAGCCGAGUCUAUUAACUUUUCAAAUGAAGAGGAACAAUAUAUGUAAAAAAAUAUGGAGAAGGUUCAGUGUUAAAAUCUGGCAUCUAAGGCCCCGAUCACACUGAAUAAGCUAAAUAAAAUGUGUUUUUGUUGACUUUAGAAAUAAGCACUGCGUUGCUCCUUUAUCUUGCUAGGCAACCACUGUAUCAAUGAUCUUGGUGCUGGAGUGCGUGACGUUGGGCACUUUUUACACACAGAGUUGACUUCUUUCAACUGCAGGUGCACUGAACGCUCCGUCAAAAAUGUGAGGUGCAACAGGUGGUUAAAAUGUGAGGCACCCGGCACAAUUGACAACCAUUUAAAACCAUUUAUCUCACCACAUAUAAAAAUGUGUUUGUUGUGAUCGGGGCCUAACUAAAAUGCUAGAAUCGAUGUUAUGAGUUGAGUGCUUAUGGACUAGGGGCUGAACGACUUCAAAUUUUUUUGAAGCCAACUUUUAUGCUAUUAAAUUCUAGUCGACGUCGACUAGUCGCUGGUGAUGUCAUCAAUAAAACACAAGAUGCAAUUGUUGUGCAACAUGCCACAAUUUACAAUUUCCAAAAAAAAUAUAUACAGAUGAUGUUGACACCUCAUUGUACGUUGCAAAAACAGUGAAACAUUACCAAGGACUCAUUUUAGUGCAAAACAAAUGCCUUGUCAACACUGCUUAUUUCAUUAACAACACAACAUUAGCACUAAUUUUACUGCAAUAUGCAGAGUCAACACAUUGAUUACUUCACAUUCUACUAAGAAUGUAACAACAAAACAAUUUAGUGCAAAAGUCAUGCAUAAGUCAUCAGCACAUAGAAUAGAUUCAUGGCAAGUUAUUUCAUAACAGCAUAACGCAUCAGUCAGAGUCCUGCUCUGUGGCAUAUUUUACUGCUAUGAUAAUAGUGUGGGCCAAAAAGCUACUCUAAAUAUUAGCUUAAGUCUGG